AUGAAUAAUCUUGAUGUUCUUGCUGAAUUAGCGUCAAAUCAAAAACCUAUAAAACAAGAAUCAGAUUUAUUAAAUUCUUCAUUUAUUCUUAAAACAACACAAAAAGGUAAACCAUGUAUUAUACUUGAUGGUCAUCGUUAUAAACAUCGACGUGAUAAUCUCGAUGGUUCUAUAUCGUGGACAUGUACACAUGAAUUAUGUAGUGCUAGUGUACGAACAUAUGGUGAACGUGUUGUACGUCGUAAUGAUGGUCAUCUACAUGCACGAACAUUACUUGUUGAUCCUCAACAAGAAUUUUUAUCACGUUUAAAAAAACGUGCUGCUGAAGAUACAAUUACAAUUCCAAAAAUUUAUGAUGAAGAAUUAAUGCGAUCAAUAAAUGAACAUUCAAUAAACAUACGUGAACAUUUACCGUCAUUUUCUUCAGUUAAAUCAACAUUAUAUCGUCAUCGACAACGUAGUCAAAAAUUAAAAUCAUUUGAUCCAAAUUGUAAAUCAUCUGAAUGGAAUUUAUUACCAUCGAAAAAACGUCCAUUAACAAUUGAUGUAAAUAAUAAUGAUGAAAAACGACGAAAAUAUUCAUCAUUAGCAUAUCCAUAUGAUUAUUUCUUAGCACAAAACUAUAUGUUUAUGUAUGUUUAUGCAUCAAUAUUAUCUGGUCUUCAACAACAAAUGUGA